GCGCGGUUACGGCCCGAUCUGCCAGUCCAGUGAGGUUACACCGGCCAAUGUGUAUGGUCGAAGGAUAAACUAUAAAACAUUUAUAGACAGUGCAGUAAAUAAGAAAAAUCACAACAGUUACGAUUACAGGAAACAAUUGAAAAUGGAACAAUACUUUGGAAAGAAAUAUAAGUUAAAAACAUCUGAAAACUUUGAUGAGUUCAUGAAGGCGUUAGGUAUUGGUUUUAUAUCACGGAAGACUGCAGCUUCGUUAUCGCCCGUUUGCGAGUUGACUAAAAACGAUGAUGGUACAUACAUAUACAGUUUUAGCACCCCUAUAAGGACCUUGAAGUACGUGUUCAAAUUAGGAGAAGAAGUGAUAACGGAAAGAGCUGAUGGUGCUAAGAUGAAAUCUACAUUUACUAUUGAAGGUAAUUCCGUAAUCCAUAUCGAGGUCGACGAUAAUGGUAAAGCAAGCAAGCAUGUACGAACAUUUUCAGAUGACAAAUUAGUAGUGAUUUCUACCCUCCAGGGGUGGGAUGGGGAAUGCACCAGAAUUUAUGAACUGGUAAAUUAAUUAGUUAAAUUAGAGUAAAGUACUCUCUGUAAAAUAGCAAAAAAAAAAUAUGAAUCUUAACAGUUUGUCAUUACUUUUUAUUUUCAUAGUAAUAUUUUACUAUUAUUAUCAAAGUAUAUUAAAUUUAAUGUGGAAUUCAAAUUACAGUAUAUAAAAAAUAUUUUUAAGGAUAUGAGGCUGUAAAAGUAGUAUAUUUAGUAAAUAUAUUUAAAGCUACGAACAAAAUAUAUAACCAUCUAAACAAAAUAUGGAGUCCUUAUUGCACUCCUAUACAGGGUACGCUGAUAUAUUUAGAAACUAAACUGUAAAAUAUAUGUAUAUGUACAAAAGAAAAAAAUCAUUAUUUAAAUGUAAUAUACUGUACACAUAUUGAAAUAUACGAUAGGUAUCAUUUCACUAAACUAUAAUUCUGUAGUUUCAUUUACCUGAAUUUGUCGCCUCAUUUUUGUACAAUGUUAAUAUAUAUUUAU